GAGUCCUUGUGCCGGUAAAUGGGACGUGGGCCAGGCGAAGGGUCGAGAGUGGCUUCUCUGCGGAGCUGUCGCCAAAUCAUUUCUGCGCUCGGAGACGCACAAUCCCCCUCUACGGGAUCGCACGGGGAAGAGGGGGGGGGGAACGUUUCCACCUGUACAGGUGACGGAAGAUCCUCACCUCCGAUUCUCAGCACGGCACUCCCUGGGUUGAUUUUUUUUCAUAACCAACCCAGGACCUGCUUUUUCCAAGACCUGCACAAGGUAUAGCUCGGUUAGCGUUACUUUCAGACACGUCGGAGUGCAAUUGGCCGUGAUGGCUGCGGACGAUGGGAGAUCUCGAGCCUAGCAAAGCAUCGCUGCCCUAAGGAUGCAGAGCCUCGUGCCGUUUUCCUUUGCUCCCACCUAGUACCCCGGUUUUAUUGUUUUUCCCUUAAUCCAGUGGAAGAGCAUCGGAGUGGAUUGAAAACAAUGGGCAAAGGGCUAUUUGCAGCACUACUGGAAUUCAGCUGCGUGCAGGGGAUCAGGCAUGUUUUGACGUUGUGGGUCUGUCACCAUAACCCACGUGGCCUGGAUUGGAGCUCCCGCUGUUAGCCUUGGACUCCCCUUGGAUUCACGAUUUUGUCUGUGAAAGUUCACAGGCCUUGGAGAAACAGCUGAUACUUAUUGUGGGAAUGGCCUUGAAGACAAUUGCAAAGCACUGGUCUGUGCCCCUGCCUAUAAACUCCCAUGCAAAAUGUAGUCAUAACAACAUUGAAGUACCAUUUAAAUGUCCUCUGAAAAGACAGAGUGAAAUAAAGGAGGAGAAGCAAGAUAGUUUUUCAACCAGCAUGAUGGUGGUGUUACACAGCUAUUGUGAGGGAAAUGAGUCCCUGGCACAAGCGUGGACUCAAGAUGGAUUGUCCCUCUGCUUCUACUUCACACUGGUCCCUGCAGUGCUACUCAGUGUCUGUCUCCUAUUGGGUGCUCUGCAGUAUACCUGUUAUGCUCAGUUCAGCCGCACUAUGGAACCAAAGUAUAUCCCUCGCUCCCGCCUGUACUAUACCCAAAUCCAGGUCUCUCUACUCCUCACCCUGAUGCCCUUCUGCACUUUCCUUUGGCAAGUGGUGGGCACCCAAGAACUUUAUGGAUAUAUGGUGCUGAAUGUUUGCUUGUCAGCCAUUAGCUGGGCCAUCUCGAUUGGGCUGCUGCACCUGGAACGCACCAGGGUGAUGGUGCAAGAUCGGAUUAGAGGCCAUGGAGCAAUCCUUCUCCUCUACUGGGCUCUAGCUUUUUCUUCUGAGAAUUUGGCCUUCAUGUCAUGGAACAGCCCACUUUGGUGGUGGGAAUUAAAAGACACUAACCAAAAGGUCCAAUUCAGCCUGUGGUUCCUGCGCUACAUCAGCACCUUCACCCUCUUCAUUUUGGGGAUCAAGGCCCCAGGGCUGCCCCGAAAACCCUACAUGCUUUUAAUCAAUGAAGAUGAGCGUGAUGUGGAAAUCAGCGAGCCCCUGCUUCCAGAUGCCAGGCAGAACACCUCAACAUGGAAGGAUAUGGGCAAGAAAAUACUCCUCCUUAUACAAUACAUGUGGCCAAAGAAGAACUACGCACUUCAGGGCAUGGUGAUAUUCUGCCUGAUGCUUAUGGGAAUGGAGCGUGCCAUCAAUGUCUUUGUGCCCAUCUACUACAAGCAUAUCGUGGAUGACCUCACAGAGAGAGAGACUUGGCAGAUAGUGCUUCAGACCAUUUGCAUCUACGCAUUCCUGAAGUUCCUUCAGGGAGGAGGAGCAGGAACAACUGGCUUCAUUAGCAACAUGCGCAACUUUCUGUGGAUCCGCGUGCAGCAGUUCACCAGCCGCGAAGUCCAGGUAGAGCUCCUCCGGCAUCUCCAUAACCUGUCCCUUCGCUGGCACUUGGAGCGCAAGACAGGCGAGGUGUUACGCAGUGUUGACCGAGGUACUAGCAGCAUCAACAACUUACUCAGUUACAUCGUAUUCAGCAUCCUACCCACGGUGGCUGAUAUUAUAAUUGCUAUUGUGUAUUUCACCAUUACCUUCAGCGGCUGGUUCGGCCUCAUCAUCUUCCUCUGUAUGAGCCUUUACCUCAGAAGGAAAUUUUACAUGACGUUUCCUUUACUGCAAUGCCUGGACAAACUGUAGCACUGGUGGGACCUUCUGGGUCAGGAAAGAGUACCAUUAUUCGCCUGCUCUUCCGUUUUUAUGAUGUGUGGGGAGGCAGCAUACGAAUAGAUGGACAGGAUAUCUCUAAGGUUAUGAGACGCAGGUUGGUGAGCGAGGCCUGAAGCUGAGCGGUGGGGAAAAGCAGCGAGUUGCUAUUGCCCGGACCAUCUUGAAGAACCCUGACAUCAUCUUGUUUGAUGAGGCAACAUCAGCGCUGGACACUAAAACGGAAAGGAAAAUCCAGUCAUCGCUGGCUAAAGUAUGUGCCCAUCGCACCACUAUUAUUGUGGCUCACAGGCUAUCAACCAUAGUUAAGGCUGAUCAAAUUCUUGUGAUCCGGGACGGCCAUGUGGUAGAGCGUGGAAGGUAAACAAAUGUAAAAAAACUCAGAGAUGAAGUGAACCCCUAUAUUUUCCCCACUUUACUUCCCACCAAACAAAUAUUAACAGAAGUGUGGAUUUCUCCCUUUUCAAGUCCUGUUCAAAGUAGACAGUGGAAUCAUGGAAACAGGACAGUUAUUAUUGUUGUUUCUAAU